AUGGCUGAGAAGGUGUCCCAGGACCCUCCAGCUCACGAUGACUUUAUCGCUCAGGCAAAGGCAUCGGGGCUGGUCGAGUCGGCGAAUCCAGACGUAGCGGAGCAUCGCCAGGCCCUCGGUGUUAACCUCAUUCAGAACCCGCUGAUGCGCAGCUCUAAGGAGCAAGCCAUCAUCGAUGCCCGUGCAUACGCUGAGUCACACAAUAUGACCGAGUACGCGGACCUAUUUGGCCGGGCCGCCGUGGUCGCACGAAACCCCGGGGAUUUCGAUUCGGCUUCUGAGCUCGACGAUGAAGAGCGCGCCGCGCUGACAUACGAGAAAGACCACAAAUGGCACGGGACAAAGAUGCUCUGGUACUCGAUUGGCCUGUGUGGUGUCGGUGCCGCUACACAAGGUUGGGAUCAAACCGGAUCCAACGGAGCUAAUCUAUCCUUUCCCACGGAGUUUGGCAUUGAUGGUGAAGGGAAAGACGAAUGGAUCGUGGGAAUUAUUAAUUCAAUCAUUUUCUUGACCGCCGGCCUUAUUGGUGCCUGGAUUGUCGAUCCACUUAAUCACUAUUUGGGCCGAAGAGGCGAGAUCUUCGUCACUGCUCUCUGUCUCACUGCCACCCCGAUUGGUUCGGGCUUCGCAAAGUCAUGGGAAGGCUUAUUCGCCGCGCGGUUUAUAAUGGGUAUCGGUAUCGGUGCAAAGAAUGCCACAGUACCGAUCUACUCAGCCGAGAUGGCUCCAGCUAGAACUCGAGGUGCUCUCGUCAUGUUCUGGCAACUCUGGGUCGUAGCAGGUAUUUUCUUGGGCUUCGCAGCCAACGUUAUUGUCAAAGACGUUCCCAAGAUCGCCUGGCGUCUCCAGCUCGGCUCCGCCUUCAUCCCGUCCUUUGUCCUCGGCGCUGGCAUCUAUUUCUGUCCGGAGUCUCCUCGCUGGCUCAUGAAACACAAUAGACACUCUGAAGGGUUCCAAUCAAUGUUACGCCUACGCGCCCAUCCCAUUAUUGCUGCGAGAGAUUUCUAUUACUCGUACGUCAUUUACGAAGAGGAACUCAAGGAGGCCCGAGGUGCAGGCUAUUUCUCUCGCCUGUGGGAUUGCUUUGCCGUUCCGCGAAUCAGGCGAGCCAACUACGGUGCUUCCACCGUUAUGUUGGCCCAGCAAAUGUGCGGUAUCAACAUUAUCUCUUUCUACAGCUCAACUAUCUUCACCGAUGCUGGCUACACUUCAGAUCAGGCCUUGUAUGCGUCGCUUGGCUAUGGUGCCGUCCAGGUUGUUUUCACCAUUCCUACUUUGUUCCUGAUCGAUACCAAAGGCCGAAGAGCUCUGACUUUGAUUACGUUCCCUUUCAUGUGCAUCUUCUUGCUAGCCGCUGGUCUAUCUUUGUUGAACAAUACGGACAACAAUGUCGCAAAGGUUGCCCCAGUUGUCUUGUUUGUGUAUCUUUUUACCAUUUCCUAUUCCUUGGGUGAAGGGCCAGUCGCUUUCCAAUACUCGGCCGAGGUAUUCCCUACUAUCCAGCGUGAGCAAGGAAUGGCUUGGGCCGUUUGUAUCAACAAUACUUUUGCCGGCGUUCUCAGUCUCACUUUCCCUCGAAUGAGAACCGUUAUGACCCAAACUGGUGCUUUUGGCUUCUACGCCGGUCUCAAUCUUAUAGCUUGGGGCAUGAUCUUCUGCUUUGUCAGAGAAACCAAGCAGCUUACUCUAGAAGAAUUGGAUCAGGUUUUCUCGGUUCCAACCAAGAAGUUCAUUACCCAUGAGCUGACUGUAUGGCUUCCUUGGUGGAUCAAGCACUAUAUCUUCAGACAAAAUAUCCCCAAGCCAGCGCCUAUCAUUGCAACGGGCGAAGGUGUGGCGAAAUAA